AAAUAAGAGUUAAUAGUGCAUAUUGAUUACACUAUAAAUAAACACUUGGUGCUAAUACCCAUCUUCAACGUUAUUCAGUUUCUUCUUCUCUGUGUGUCACCCUUUCUGUUUUUCUUGAGCUCCUAGACACUUUGAAAACAUGGCUUUAUCUGGUGUUCAGAAGGACAGAGGGGAUUUGAGGAUUCAUGAGAGUAUGGAUGAGCUGAAGACCGAUUUGGCAGACUAUAUUGCUGAAUUAUCAGAUGUGUCAGUGAAGGAGCGCGGAUUCUUUGCCAUUGCUUUAUCUGGUGGUUCUCUCAUUGGCUUAAUGGGAAAACUUUGCGAAGUUCCUUACAACAAGACAGUGGACUGGUCGAAAUGGUAUAUCUUCUGGGCUGAUGAGCGCGUCGUGGCGAGAAACCAUGCUGAUAGCAAUUAUAAGCUUGCCAAGGAUGGCCUUUUGUCCAAGGUCCCUAUUGUACCCAGUCAUGUUCAUUCCAUCAAUGAUUCUGUGUCAGCAGAAGAAGCAGCUGACAAUUACGAGUUUGUCAUCCGACAGUUAGUGAAAACCCAUGUGGUCAGCGUGUCCGAGAUUAACGACUGCCCCAAGUUUGAUCUCAUUCUUCUCGGAUUGGGGGCAGACGGCCAUAUUGCCUCGUUAUUUCCAAAUCACCCGGCCCUUGAUGAGAGGGAAGAAUGGGUAACUUUCAUUACGGACUCCCCCAAACCCCCACCUGAAAGAAUCACAUUCACCUUGCCUGUUAUCAAUUCCGCAUCCAAUGUAGCUGUGGUGGUCACAGGUGAGGGUAAAGCGGAUGCCUUACACUUGGCAAUAGAAGAAGUUGGACCUGAUGGCUCCUUGAUACCGGCAAGAAUGGUCCAACCGACCAUGGGGAAGCUGGUCUGGUUUUUGGAUAAGCAGGCUGCCUCAAAGCUUAAAAAUUCCGACUUGAACAGUUAGGAUGGACCCCUUUGCAGAGGUGUAAGUUUGUUUGUGACAAAGUGUUUAUCCAUAGAAUCCUGCAUAUUUUCUCUCUUUUUUGUGGAUAUAAAAGUCCUUUUUUUUUUCUUUUGGCCCUUUGUGUUGGUCUCUCUUCAGAAGGUGUUUGGAGUUGUGUGGUAUAGUUUUUUCUUUUUAAAUAAAAGUUGUAAAGAGCAUCAUCCCAAAGCCCUUUUUUAUCCUUGCAAUUCCUCAUUGUGUUAUUGUUGGCCAUGAUGGUCUCACUGUUUGCAACUUAGAAAAGAAAAUCAGGUUCAUCUUUA